AUGGUGUUACCAUGGAGAUCAAGAGGAGAAAAGAAACGUAAUCAGUUGACUAUCUCGGUCGCUGAGACUCAACUCCGAUCAUCAAAGAUAGAGCGUGUUCAGUCACCGCGUAUGCCGUUGACCCCACGUGCUGCGGCGGAGAUAGUUCGGAGAUUGGAAAACUCGACGGCGCGUGGUGAACAUGUCGAGUGUUCACAAAUCGUGAGUAGAAUCAAGAACUUGGGAAGAGAGAGCGGAGACAGGAACAAAAAGUGUUUGCUCCAAAACGGAGUCGUCUCGGCGUUGACUUCUUGCUUCCAAAGAUUCUCGUCAACGCGUGAGGAAAACACGCGUCUGCUGGAGGAAGUCUUGUCAGCUCUAACUUAUUGGUUGCCUCUGAGUCGAACAGAGGGUUUCUCCAAGAUGGGAUCAACGGCUUCGCUUAACCGUCUCGCACGGUUCUUGAACGGUUCAGACUCUAAAGCGAGACAAAACGCUGCGUUUUGUGUAAGAGAGGUUCUUGCAAUAGACAAGAAGUAUGUCUACGCGUUAACAGAUAUGGAAGGAGCUUGUGAAGGAUUGAUAAAGAUCAUUAAAGACUCUGUUUCCACAAGCUCGACAAAAGGAUCUCUCAUGACGAUUUAUAGAGCGGUUUCGUGCGACAACAAGAUCGCUACAAAGUUCGUGAAGCUUGGUUUGGUCGCAUUGGUCACAGAGAUGAUUGUCAACAACGCGGAAAAAAGCGUUUGCGAGAGAUGUCUCGUUGUUCUAAACGUUACAUGCGACAACGAGCAAGCAAGAGAAGAUAUCAUCACAAACGCUUUGAUCGUUCCUCUUGUAGUGAAGAAGCUUCUUCGCGUUUCGGAACUCGCAACGCAAUGCUCAGUCUCCAUUCUCUGGAAGCUAUGGAGAAAGAACGGAGAAGAUGUGUUGCUUGAAGCUCUUCAAGUUGGUGCAUUCGAGAAACUCUUAGUGGUUUUACAAGUUGGUUGCGAGGAGAAGACGAAACAGAGAGCCAGCGAGCUGUUACGGAAUUUAAACAGAUGUAGAAACGAGAAGACGAACUGUGUUGAUUCUUCGAUGCAUUUGAAGAACGUGAAGAAAUCAUUUUAA